AUGAGCAGCAAGGGAGUGAUGGAGCGGCUGAGGGGGCUUGUUGUGUGCGGAGCGUCGGCCGCGACUGCGGAUGAUGUCCUCGCUGAAUUUCUCAGCUCUGCGACAAAGCUGGAGGAGUUGUGCUUAGUCAACUGCGCGCUUGAAAAUACCGUCACCGCGCUGAUGGAGGCUGUGAAGAAUACGGAGAUGAAACGCUUAGGUCUCGAGCGGAGCGACCUCGGGAUCGGCUCUUCAAAUUCGGCCAGUGAGGGCCUCACCACCUCUUUCUGCGAGGCUUUGAAGGUGAACAAGUUUCUUACGUCGCUAAACCUCUCUAACACAAACUUGGACACAACGUUUGUUGUUGCCCUCAUUGACGCCCUCCUGGAGUCUGACACAAAGCUGUUGCCUGAAGACUUGGGCGAGGACGCCGAGGAGGUCCUAGGGUGGUCCCUUGAGGGGCGGCUCGAUAAAGCCGCGUUCGUUAGUGGUGGCGAUCGAGAUGAUAGCAACGCUUCUCUGAUUGACGACGAGACUGUCGGCGACGAUGAUGAUGCUACUCCAUCACCGGAUGCUAGCGAGAGCGACGCAGGCGAGGACGACGCGGACGACAAGGAUAGUGGCGACGAGGAGGCAGAUGGCGACGCCGAAGACGAGGAAGGAUCCGAGGAAGAGGAGGAAGAGGAGGAAGAGGAAGAGGCUGCCCACGAGGCCAAGGCUAGGAGGCUACGUGAGCGGCAAGAAAAAGAGGAGUGGCAGCUCCAGCAGAAGCGCAUUCGGCACGAGCUAAAGGUGCUUCUCCAGAGUGAGUUGUGGGAGCGUAGCGAUCUCGCUCACGAAUACUAUCAAGGGUUGCAGGACAUAGUUGCCAUCAACAGCGCCCCAAUCGCCAAUCGUCGAGCCGCUGAGAGGCAGCAGAAAAAGGAGGCGUACUGCAGUCGCCGUAGUGGCUGGUCACGACUGGAGACACUGAUACUGCGUGGCAACCAGGUCGGCGACCGUGGGUGCAAGAAGCUUGCUUGUCUGCUGCGAGACGAAGUACCGCUGUCAGAGGAGGAGGUGGUGCAGCGUCAGGAAGCGAUCGAUGCCAUGCGGGGCAGCUUUGGGGAGAGGCUGGGCGCCGCCCGCAGUGUUGUCGAGAGAGGGGAGAAGAGGGCGUGGCGAGAGCUGCUGCGGAAGGCGCAAAGGGAAUCCCCGGACUUCGCCAUCGAGCGCCGCACGAGCAUUUCCGCUGCGUUAUCGGACCUGGACGAGGAGGAUGAGUAUGCCAAGGAGGCGCCUCCGGUGUUGCUCACGAAUGUGGAGCGGUCUCCUAGCAGCAGCAGUGUCGAGGAGAGCCCAGCGUCGGACGGCGACGGUGAUACCGAAGCUUCUAGUGGCUUCAACCCUGAGGAGCAAAGGGAAUGGCAGGAGUGGGUCGCGCAAGCGCUGCCGCACAUGCCUGUUGCUCUCACGAAGAAGGGCAUGAACACAAUUCGUGCCAUCGAUUUGGGUAGCUGCGGCAUCAGCCGAAAAGGAGUGCAGACGCUGGCAGAGGUUCUCAAAACGAACAAGGUCCUAGAGACGCUGUGCUUGCGCCACAACCCGAUCGGCUCCAGCGCACCGGCGAAGAAGCACGCUCAGCCGGAGGACGGCCUGACGAUAUUUCCGGAAUUUGCUGAGUUUGCCGAAAUGCUGUCCGUGAAUGGCGCUGUUUGUCACCUGGACAUGGGCUACUGUCACCUGUCCCCCGAUGAUGUGCGAGCGGUAGCCGAGGCACUGCGCCACAACACGUCCAUGGUUACCCUGAGUCUGGAGGGGAACCAGCUCGGCGUCGACGAAGGGUAUCAGCAGCAGACGUACGCGCACUCGUACAUUUACGAGCUGUGGAUGACUGCGGCGCGACCGGGCAGUGCGCUGCGCAACCUCAACAUGGACCACAACCACAUCGCCACCUGUCUGUGGCAGGAGGAGGUGGCGGCGCUGGCCGCUUUAUGUGGCCAGCUCACCUCACUCUCGCUCUCUCACGUAGGCUUACGACUUCGCCACCUCGAGGCCUGGUCUGAGGCACUGCUUCCAGAAGACCCGUCUUACAGCCCGACCGUGCGGGUCCUGCACUUGGCUCACAACGAGCUCGCCACCGAGGCGGAUGGUGCGGCGCUGGGAUUGCUCUUGCGACACUUCACGGCACUCGAGGAGCUGUCAGUGGAGGAGCAUCCCCUGCUCGGAUCGAGUGGGGUGGCUGCUGCGCUGGAAUACCUGCCAGCCACAAUGCGGCGGCUCAACUGCACCGCGACUGGCUUGACCACUCCCUGUGUUGGCGCCGCGCAGAACCCGGUGUUACCGGUCGCGGUGGUGAAGCAGCUCACGUGUUUGCUGCUUGGUGACGUCGAGGCACCGACGGUGAUGGCGCUGGGUGAGUGGGUGACUUUUAUGAAAAGGGCUGCACCACGUCAGCUGCAGUUCCUCUCCCUGUGGGCCCGUGGAAUGGUAGGCAGGGAGGCCGAUGUUAUGCCACUCCAACUCGAGUUGGCACAGACGUGCCCAUCACUGCUGCACAUGGACAGCGGCUUUCAGCCGGAGUUUCACGCUUCCACUUUCGCUAGCAACUGCUUCGAACAGAUGGAGCAGCUUCUUUUUCUCCGGCGCAUGCGAUGUGCCGCAGAGCAGAGCAAGGUUUAG